AUGCCUCGUAGUGCGUCGUCCAAGGCCGCCUCCAAAGCUGUUGGAAAUGUCUCCAACACGCUUGGAGAAGCGGCCAUGGUCAUAAAGGUCCAGAAGCUCUCCACGUAUCCCGACGGAACAGCAACUGGCGGCGUCUUGGCCGGUCCCAUGGAGUGCGACGUGAAUGCGUCGAGCCAUCGCCCUGACGGCAUCCAUACAAUUGAUGUCCAUCUUGUGUCGCUACUCAGCGGCUAUGACAAGAAAUCCCUUUACCCCUGGGCCAGAACUGGGAACUUCUUCAUCGAAGCUGUCUGGGGCUUCCCGGGCCAUAGCUACCCAGUCUGGACGACAAAACACCUUCUCACCCUAGAGGGAGCGGCCAUCAGCUUCCAGGGCGGGUUUGGAUCUUUUACCAGAUUGUUCGACCACGUCAAAGAUUUCCAGACCUCCUCAGCUGCAUAUUCCAUCCCGAGAGCUCCACACCGGCCAAGGUCAUAUUUUCCCACUUACCAGGGCUUCCAGAAGCUCCCUUCGCGAGAAGUAGUCUACUCCGGGGAUCUAGAACAAUCCAACGAGUGGAGCUGGCUUGAACCUCGGCCUGAAAGUUGCCGCUCUCUAAACUACGAGCCGUUGGACUCUCCACCUCCCAUGUCCCCAACACCAACGGACGACGACUCCUCAUGCUACAGCGAGUCUGUUUCUACGCCAUUUGCGGAUCCAGAUGAGGACUAUCUCAGCCCAGUUCCUUCUCAUUACUCGAAUUCGAGACAUACGUUUACCGGACCCAAAUAUUCCAGCGAUGUUUGGACGGACCAGCGAGCCCAACAGCAGCUUCAUGCUGAAACUCUGGAGCGGCAGAGGAAAGACGCCGAAGAGCUUUACCGGCGCAGUGGUAACACCCAAGGACUCUUGGACGUUGUGAACUCAGCUGCCCAAUUCCGUGGAGCUUUUCACCCAUCUGGAAUGCCGCGGUUUUAG